AUGGACAUUGAGAGGAAACUGUCCCACCCGCGCUUCAGUGCGUGGUCUGCAGAUGCGCAAUCGAUGGCAAAAGAGCUGGUUGACGCGAGCGGUGAUGCCGAAUACUAUCAAGCCGUCCUCGACAAGUUUGAGCAGCAGGUGCGAGACUAUGGCGAAGAGCAGCUGGCUGAGGACACGGCCAAGUUCCGCAAACUCCUAGAUCGCUUGCAACGCGAAUGCGAACACACGUUCAUCUCCACAGAGACGCUCCACAUCCCCGAUCAGGUCUACUGUCUGCUGAGAGCAUACGAUGCCGCGUAUUCACGGUAA